CGUUUCUUGGCACAAACGCUUGUUGAUCUGGACACAAGCCUCAAGCAGCUUGGCUCUAGGCUGUUUGUUGUUCGAGGGAAGCCAGAAGAGGUCUUUCCCAAAUUAUUUAAAGAAUGGAAUGUAGAGAAGAUGACAUGGGAAGUGGACACAGAACCUUAUGCUCGCAUUCGGGAUGAAAAGAUUGAGAAAUUGUCAAAGGAACAUGGUGUGAAAGUUGUAUGCAAAGUGGGACACACAUUGUAUGACACUGAAAAAAUUAUCAGAACAAAUCUAGGGAAAACACCGAUGACUUUUCAAGGACUGGAGGGCGUGCUGAAGAAAAUAGGACCACCACCAAAAGUUGUUGAUAAGCCCACCAGUCUCCCUGAGGGCUGCAAGAUCAGUUCAGAGGUAGCAGCUGAUCCUAAGUAUGAUCCCCCUACUCUGAAAGAUCUAGGUGUGGUGGAGAGUGACCUGGAGCCUUGUCUGUAUCCUGGUGGUGAGACAGAGGCUCUUAAAAGGCUUGAAAAAUACAUGGAGAGGAAGUCCUGGGUUCGGAGCUUUGAAAAGCCCAAAACCUCACCAAAUUCACUGCAGCCAAGUACAACUGUCCUCAGUCCAUAUCUAAAGUUUGGUUGCCUCUCAUGCAGAACUAUGUACUACAGGUUACUUGAGGUAUAUGGGAGUAAGCCUUCACAGAUUGCACAAGAGUCACUCUUAGGACAGCUCACCUUUAGAGAAAUGUUCUACACAGUUGGAGCAACCACUGCAAAUUUCGACCAGAUGGAAGGGAAUUCAAUUUGCAGACAAAUCCCCUGGAAGAGAGAUGAGAAGAUGCUGGAGGCUUGGGAAUAUGGUAAGACUGGAUUCCCUUUCAUAGAUGCAAUCAUGACACAGUUACGCAAAGAAGGUUGGGUCCACCACUUGGCCAGGCAUGCUGUGGCUUGCUUCCUAACAAGAGGUGAUCUGUGGCAGCCGUGGGAGGAUGGCAUGAAGGUAUUUGAAGAAUUGCUGCUUGAUGCAGACUGGUCGCUAAAUGCUGGGAACUGGAUGUGGCUUUCGGCAUCUGCCUUCUUCCACCGAUACUUCCGUGUCUACAGCCCCAUUGAGUUCGGCAGGAAAACAGAUCCUCAUGGUGAUUAUAUCAGAAAAUACAUACCAAAGUUGAAAAAGUUCCCUGACAACUAUAUCUACGAGCCUUGGAAAGCACCCCUCAGUGUUCAGAAGGCAGCAGGUUGCAUCAUAGGCCAAGACUAUCCAAGGCCCAUUGUUGACCAUCAGAAGGCCCGGGAGGAGAAUCUGAAGCGCAUGGGACAAGCCUAUCAAGCAGAUGAAAAUGCAAAUGUAGGCCCUCUAGAUAUCCAGUCUGUGGAAGUGAUAGUCAGGGAGUGAUGUUUUGCCAGUGUAUGCAUCUUCACUUUUCAAGUGGAAGGAAAAGGUAAACAAAAACAAGCACCAACAAAGAAUGGGCCUCCUGCAAAGAAGAAAAAAUAGAGACCUUGAAGCUUCAUCUCUUCAGAAGUUAAUUAAUGUGACAUAAAUAUCAUAACAGUCUUCCUGUAUAUUAGGAAAGAUUGUUUUGUUGUGUUGGAGAUACUCUUACCAAAAAUAAAAGGUCUGUUCUUGUUAAUUCA